GUGGGCGAGGAGGGCGGGGCCACGCAGAGGAUAGCGGGCACCGGGUGAGGCGAGGCCGCGCAGGAAGAGCGGGGAACCCGGGGAGCGCGAGGAGGGCGGAGCCACGCAGGAAGGGCAGGGCAUGAGUUGAGCCUAAAGCGCGAGGUGAGAGCAGAGCGCGCAGGGAGGGCGGGGCACCCGAGAAAGGCGGGGCUGUAAGCGCCCUCCUUGCAGCGACUGGCGGGCCUGCGAGGGGGCGGGGUUUCCGGCGGCAGUGCACUCGGGCAUCGACUGACGCAGAGUGGACGGGCGUCACGUGACACGGAAGUGACUCCGAACAGGAAGAGGACGAGAAAAAUAACCGUCCGCGACGCCGAGUGGAAGUGGAUUAGAGCCACCAUGAACAGCAAAGGUCAAUAUCCAACACAGCCUACCUACCCUGUGCAGCCUCCUGGGAAUCCAGUAUAUCCUCAGACCUUACAUCUUCCUCAGGCUCCACCCUAUACUGAUGCUCCACCUGCAUACUCAGAGCUCUAUCGUCCAAGCUUUGUUCAUCCAGGGGCUGCCACAGUCCCCACCAUGUCAGCUGCAUUUCCUGGCGCCUCGUUGUAUCUGCCUAUGGCCCAGUCUGUGGCUGUUGGGCCUUUAGGCUCCACGAUCCCCAUGGCUUAUUACCCAGUUGGUCCCAUCUAUCCACCUGGCUCGGCAGUGCUGGUGGAAGGAGGGUACGAUGCAGGUGCCAGAUUUGGAGCUGGUGCCACCACUGGCAGCAUUCCUCCUCCACCUCCUGGAUGCCCUCCCAACGCUGCUCAGCUUGCAGUCAUGCAGGGAGCCAACGUCCUUGUAACUCAACGCAAGGGAAACUUCUUCAUGGGUGGCUCAGAUGGUGGCUACACUAUUUGGUGAGGAGCUGUGGCCACUCCUGUGCCGGGGAAGACAUCACAUACUUCAGCACUUCUCACAAUGUAACUGCUUUAGUCAUAUUAACCUGAAGUUGCCGUUUAGACACAUGUUUUUGGGGUGUCUUUCUGGUGUCCAAACUUUGAGGCACUUUUCAAAUUUAAUAAGGAACCAUGUAAGGGUAGCAGUCCCUCCCUAAAGCAUUCUGAGGUAGGGAGGUGUCCAUUCUUCAAAUGAAUGUGAGGGAAGCGGCCCCAAGGCUCUUCCUUAAUUCCUCUGGAGUGAUACUGUGCCAUGCUGGUCUUUGCUUCUAGGAAUGAAACAUCAAAUUAGGUUUGGAGGGAACUUUGAUCUUCCUAAGAAUUAAAGUUGCCAAAUUAUUCUGAUUGGUCUUUAAUCUCUUUUAAGUCUCUGAUUUAUCUUACUUGUUAAUGAAACGCAUUAGCUGUCUGCCCUUUCCUUCCCAUCCUCUGCCCCGCCUGUCCUGUCCCCAGUCCUCCCAUCGAUGUCCAUGGAGUCAGUGGUGCAGGACCGAGAGCCAGUCAGACUCAGCCCCUGUCUCCCUGCACCUGUCCUACCUGACAUUUUUUAACUCGUCUUUCAUAAGGAUCCUCUGAAGCCCCCUGUGUGUCCCGAGCAGAGACUCCAUUUCUGGGGUUUUGUAUAUCUCCAGGCAAGGUGAAGGCACCCUUUGGACCCACCUCAUAAGCCAUCUCUGCAUCCCCAUGAACCCAGACUAGCUGUGGUGCCAGAAACCCAACUUAACAACAGCUCUCAGUGCAAACUGUCCUAGGAAAACUUAAAAAUGACAGGCAGGGAGGAAGAUGCAUAUCAAAAGCUUGGCUUGAAAGCCUAAUUAAGGGAGUUUUAGAUAAACUAGUUAUCACUUCCUGAGUGUUGCAUGCAGCCACUUGGGUCCCAGGAGUUUCCUGAGGUGAAUCAGUAGGGUCACGCGAAUGCCUCACUAUACUAUGACUUGAGUCCAGUGAGAUCUCAGUAGGAUUAAUACUUCAGGGAUCCUUAAUAUUUUGAUUUGUUUUCUGAGAUUGGAUUUUAUUUUAUUUUACCUGAUAUUUCAGUUCAUCUAAAUCUUGUGUUCUGUACAUGUGAUGUUUGACUGUACCAUCGACUGUUAUGGAAGUUCAGCGUUGUAUGUCUCUCUACACUGUGGUGCACUUAACUUGUGGAUUUUUUUAUACUAAAAAUGUAGAAUAAAGACUAUUUUGAAGAUUUGAAUAAAGUGAUGAAGUUGCAUUACA